AUUUUCCCCUUUGAACUUUCUCAAAGCCAACAUCACGCGAGUCUCGUGAUGUGGACAAUGGCGUGGAAAAAGCCGAUAUAUUUGGUGAGACAACACAGAGAGGAGGAAUGCUGCGUGCGCGCGUCGCAUAGAAAAGUCAAUGAUAAGCAUCUAUGCUCCGUUGGAGAUACAAAUUAAAUUACACAGACUUGAUGUUUCAACUAAUUAUUACACUACUUAGCACCUGUUGUGACUCAGUUUCUUGGGUAAAUUGUGCGAACAUGCAAUACGAUCAAAAUGUUUACCCUAUCUCUCGGAUUCUUACAUAUUCUUAACUUUCCACUAUGUGUGUGGCUUCAGCCCCACCAGAUCUCUCAUCUCUCUCUCCCAGGAGUGGCGAGAGUUUGUGGUAUAAAAACCACUGAUCACUAGAGAUGAUCACGUAUUUUCGCAGCAGUGUGAAGAAAAAGGAAUACAGCAAGAUGUCGCGUCUUCUCAAGAUAACAUCUCUCUUCCUGGUCUUCGUGGCCAUUGUUGGGGCUUUUCCGACCAAUCAGGGCCCAACAAAGACCGGCAAGAUUCAGCACAUCUCCGAAUACUACUCCAGUGAUCACUUGAGUGCACGCCCAGGUGUUCCCAGUCGGCCAACUCCCAUCAAUCCGGACAUCAAGAGCGAGCCGAAGCCUGAAGAGAAGAUCCAUCUGAUUCCGCCCAAGGAUGAGGAGAGUCAUCGUCAGCGACGCUACGUGGACGAAACUGAGGCUCAGGAUCAGCCGACAACGGCCAGGCCAACUCGCGCGUGGUGGAGGAGGAUGAAUUAUGAGCGAUCAACCAGGCAGCCUGAGCAGGCGGCUGCCGAAGAGGCUCCAGCCAAGCUGGAGGAAUCUGCUGAGGAGGACAAAAGUGCCCAGAAGGAGCCGACAAAGGAGGAGAACUGCGAGAGUGAGGAGCAAUCGAAGGAGAUUGAGAAGAUCAACAAGCAAAGCGUCAGCAUUCAGCGCAUCCAAACGCAAUCCUUGCCAGUCAUCCAGCCGCACAGGGAGGAAGAGGAUGAGGAGAAGUGAAGUGAAAAGCAGUGGUUUUUUGUACAUCCGAAGGUAGAUUAUUAAAUUAUAUUUACCAUCUCAAUCAGCUGGUCUUCUUAUUUGCCAUCGCGGGGAAACUUUCACGCGCGCGCGCGAGGAGUUACACAAGGCCGAGUCUUUAUUUAAAAUCAAUAUUUAUUAAAUCUCACUAAUAUACUUAUUGUGAUACAUUUUGUUGUCAUGUAAAUCCUUUUUUUUCGUCAUGUUUAUAUCUCACUACGAUGUAAUUAAAAUAAAAUUAUUACACAUUUUUCAUCGUCCAUCUGCGCAAUCCUAAUGCUUGCUAAUUACACAAUAUUCUACCGAAGAUUUCCUUUACUCAUAUAAUGUCGUUAUUAUCUAUCAAUAUUGUUUAUAUAUAUAAUAUUGUAUAUGAAAUAAUGGCAAUUUACCUUUCCUUUUUUUUAGAGGGCAUAGCUAAACUACUUUCCUUUCGAAGAACGCAUCCUCAUUUUAAAUACGAAUAAUUUAUUAUAGCAAUACCUUAAGCUAGAGAUUAUUGAUAUUUUUUUUUAUUAUUAUAGUGUGUCUCAUCGUUAAAUAGCCUUUUUGCCUUUGGACCUACUGAAAUGCGCGUGCUUUUGGAAAUUCAAUCGACAACUAAAUACAAAAAAAUUCUCUCUCUCUCACUAGCGCUCACUCUUCUCUGGGACGACAGACACAUGCAGACCAAUAAGACCUUUUUAUGACAUGCACUGGAAGUGCGUGGAAAUGAUAGGAAAUCUUUGAAGGUCCCUAAAGUAUUACAUUUUGUUUAACAAAAAAAAAUCCUAUGACACGAGUCACACACUAAAAAUACGAAUCUCUGCAUAAAUUAAUACGAUUUGAAUGUUUCUUGUUUUUCUUUUCGUCACGCAAACUCUCUGAAAUUUGCGUUAUCAUUAGCAAAAUCGCGCUUCAGAACUUUUCUU